UCAAUAAGGUAAGUAAAUUACAUUCGAACCAGACCUUAUCUUCCCAAAACUCAAACCCCUUCUUCACCUUGCCGGCAACGCUUCUCUACUGAAAGCAUCUUUUAUUUCUCCAGCAAUGGCGAUUCCGUUGCCCCUCACUUCCUACUCCCCAAUCUCAACUUCUUCUUCUAUUUCCCGAACCUCUUUCGUCCCUCUCACGCCUCGCCAUCGUAAUUUCUUCUCCGAACAGAACUUCAGUAGGCGUCUACUUAUCAGCUGCUCUUCGUCUUCGUCAUCGAACAACGGUUCAACUCCAGAGUCCAUGAACGGGAGUGGGUUAAAGGGGCAGUCAUCGUAUCCUGGAAUGCCUUCCUUUGAUGGAACAACAUCUAAGCCACCGGUUAAGUGGAGAAGGGUUUUGCUUAAAGUCAGUGGAGAAGCUCUUGCUGGAGACGAGGAGCAGAAUAUCGAUCCAAAGGUUACUAUGGCGAUUGCAAGGGAGGUUGCAGCAGUGACUCGUCUUGGCAUUGAGGUUGCGAUUGUUGUUGGAGGAGGAAACAUCUUCCGUGGAUCCACCUGGGCUGGGUGCAGUGGCCUUGACCGCUCCUCUGCUGAUUACAUCGGGAUGCUGGCAACUGUGAUGAACGCAAUAUUUCUCCAAGCGACAAUGGAGAGCAUCGGCAUCCCAACACGUGUUCAAACCGCUUUCCGCAUGUCGGAAGUCGCAGAGCCUUACAUCAGAAGACGAGCCAUUAGACAUCUAGAAAAAGGCAGGGUUGUGAUAUUCGCAGCCGGAACAGGCAAUCCGUUCUUCACAACCGAUACUGCAGCAGCUCUUCGAUGUGCUGAGAUUAACGCAGAAGUAGUACUGAAAGCAACAAAUGUAGAUGGAGUCUUCGACGAUGAUCCCAAGAGAAACCCAAACGCUCGCCUCCACGAGUCACUAACUUACCAAGAAGUAACCUCAAAGGAUCUCUCCGUGAUGGAUAUGACUGCUAUCACUUUGUGCCAAGAAAACAACAUCCCAGUUGUGGUCUUUAAUCUGUCUGAGCCUGGAAACAUCGCGAAAGCCAUCAAAGGAGAGAGAGUUGGUACAUUGAUUGGAGGAACAUGGAACUCUACUGUUGCAGCCACAUGAAGAAACAUAGAACUAUUACUACUACUUCCUUAAUAUAGUAUCUUAGGUCUAGGAAUCUAUUUGUGUGAAAUUUUGAAGUUGAAUGAAGAUGUUAUAGUUUUCCAUUACAAAGACACAAAGCUCUCAUCUUAACCCCUUUGGGCUCAUGUUAAAAUGAAUAAAAAUUACAUAAAAA